AUGGCACGUAAUUUCAAUAGCGAUGAGUACCUGACUGAUGAUGGUGCCGAGGAGGGGGAAACGGUCGCCGGUGGUCCCCCCGGAAACAAUCCGGAGAAUAGAGAUAGAAUUAGGCAGAUUCUUAAGUUGCCAGAUUUUUAUCAUAAAGAACCUAAUGUUUGGUUUGCUGAGGUAGAAUUACUCUUCGAUUACACCGGUAUUCGAACAGAUAGAACCAAGGCUGGGGCAGUAAUGGCCGCGUUGGAUUUCGAGACAAUAAUGACAAUCAGCGACAUUAUCACUCACGAAGUACCCCCUCCAGAUUUAUAUAGACAAAUAAAGCAACACCUUAUUGCAAGUUUUUCGGUAUCUUCGGAAUCGCGUCUCAGACAACUAUUAAAGGGCGAAUUGUCCGGUGAAGGGAAACCUUCCUUAAUCCUUAGUCGCAUCCGAAACCUUAGUCAGGAUAAAUGUAGCGACGAGGUUAUCAGAACGGUUUUUCUUGAUCAAUUACCAAGUAACUGCAGAUCAGCAUUAGCGUUGGUCGACGUAACGGACAUAAAUAAAUUAGCCGAAUUAGCCGAUCGUUUCGUUGAGGAAGCCGGUCAGAAUUCUUCUUGCACGUCCGCAGUCGUACAAAACACCAACGAUGAAUUGCUUCAAAGAAUCGACGCAUUGUCCGUCAAGGUCGAUGCAAUUUCCGCCCAGAAUAGAUUCCGUUCUAAUCAACGCUCAGGAUUUUAUCAAAAAUGA